AGUGAAGGUGCCAGUGCUGCGAUUAUAAGAGGGUGCCUCUGGAUCGGAGGGUUGCGACUUCGAUUACGGGUUAUGUCAGAGAUUUUCUUCGCUCGUGGACUGCGUGUUUAUGCUGCCAUAAUCAUUUCGUCUCAUAUUCGUCUAUGUGGCGUAUUCUAGAAAGAUUUGCAGAAGACGAGGAAACAGCCCCAUCAGGUUCUCCCAGCCAAUAAUGCCAUGCGAUAAUUUCAAUUGCCACUCCCCCUCCCCUUGCAGCUAUAAUGCAGGAGCAAGACACGCCUCCUAUCGUUCCCGACAGCUACCACUUAAGAGUGAACUUAAUGUGUAGACAGUAAAUGAAGAAAGCCUCUAAGGUCGGUCCCAUCAGACUACGCGUUGAGUGUCAACUUAGUUUACGCUAGUAUUGCAUACCUAAAGAUGGAAGUACACCCAUUCGUACAACAUCGUGACGUCCUGCGAAUCACUGAGUGUUCACUUGAACUGAUAAACUGUACACAUUCGGGUGACCUUUCUCCACCUCUGUGCUGCAGUUUUGGGUCUUGAAUGCAUUUUUAAUGAUGCAGGGAAUAAGAAAAGAAAUUUGAAUAGGAAAUAAUUAGUAUCGGUAUUCCUCAUUAUUUCCCGUUCAAACGCAUCAUGUACUGGAGCGUGAGUUCGAAGGACAGAGUUAUUUUAUAUGCUGGACAGAACUGAAUUAAAAUAUUUUGUUUGAAAGAGAAUUGCAUUCAUUAAAAUCCGAGCAUUUAACUCUAAAAAAAUGCAUGCAUCCCUGUCUUAACAUGAAUAGCACAGUUAUUAUACAUUUUUAGACAUUUGACUGCUGGAAUGGCGUUUAUGUUAAAUAAUCCGACGGUAAUUCAAAUUUCAUGCUAGAGAAAUAAAAAGUAUUAUCCACCAAUGUCAAAGGUUACUGCCACGAUGAGCAAUUUCUUUGAGAUGGCGCAGAAGCGCAUAUUGAUGAUGAAUGCAAGUGUUGUAGGUUAAGUGUCGAGCAGUGUAUGAAUGUUUUUACUGUAGUGUUUGUGUUGACAGUUAUUUAGGACGUAUUUCGCCCCGUUUUCAGAUACAGUGACGAAACUCGUAGACGACGCCGGCCACGCUACCACGCUUUGACCGUCGCUGAUACAUCUUGUUACUGAAAAUGCCGGAGGUGACAGCCGACGUCGGAAAAUUGGCUAUAGGUGAAAUUUUCACCUCUGAAAAGAGUGGAAACGACGAGUCCGGAGAUGGAACAGAAAGUAAACCUUUUAAAACUAUUCUGCAAGCAAUGCGACACGCAGGACGUGAACCGUUUCCAGUAAUCUAUGUUGAUUCCAAAACUGAUGAUCAGAGGUAUGAACCAGCAGCCAAAUCACAACUGAAAAAGGUACAGAAAAUAUGGACAAGGGAAAAUUACAAGAAAGCAGACGCUGCUAAGAAAGAAGAAGAAGAUGCCGAAAAAAGAGCAAAAAAUUUAGAAGAAGCCAAGAAAAUUGUAAUUAAACAAGAUGAGAGUCUACCAAAGGCCAAACAGAUAAAAAUAAAAUCUGCACCUUCGAGUUGUGACACAAGAGUAAAAAUUUAUGGCUGGGUGCAUCGUUUGCGCAGGCAAGGGAAGGCCUUGAUGUUCAUCACUCUGCGUGACGGGUCUGGCUUUCUACAGUGUGUUCUGAAUGACCUGUUGUGUCAGACAUAUGAGGCUAUUGUCUUGACUACAGAGUCAUCGGUCCAGUUAUUUGGAACAGUCAAGAAGGUUCCUGAGGGUAAAACGGCACCUGGGGGUGUUGAACUUCAUGUCGACUAUUGGGAGCUAAUUGGCACAGCCCCUGCAGGAGGAGCAGAUGCUGUCCUCAAUGAAGAAGCCUUACCGGAUGUACAGUUAGACAACAGGCACAUUAUGAUUCGUGGUGAGAACACAUCAGCAGUGCUGCGUGCACGAUCCGCAGUGCUGAAGGCAUUCCGUGACCAUUAUGCAGACAGGGGCUACUGUGAAGUCACUCCACCCACUCUUGUACAAACACAAGUUGAGGGUGGUUCAACUUUGUUUAAGCUUGACUAUUUUGGUGAAGAGGCAUAUUUAACACAGAGUUCUCAGCUGUACCUGGAGACUUGUUUGCCUUCUCUGGGGGAUGUUUACUGUAUAGCAGAGAGCUAUCGUGCUGAACAGAGUCGCACAAGGAGGCACUUAGCGGAAUAUACCCACAUUGAGGCAGAAUGUCCUUUUAUAACAUUUGAGGAUCUUUUAGAGAGAUUGGAGGAUCUUGUAUGUGAUGUUGUGCAAAGGGUGUUGGAUUCACCUGUAGGACAAAUUGUCAGUGAUCUCAAUCCUGAUUUCAAGCCCCCGUCGCGACCUUUUCUGCGCAUGGAUUACGGUGAAGCCAUUGAAUAUCUACGUAAAAAUAACAUUAAAAAAGAAGAUGGCAGUUUUUAUGAAUUUGGAGAGGACAUCCCUGAAAUGCCUGAGCGGCGCAUGACAGAUGCAAUUGGGAAACCUAUAAUGCUGACACGCUUCCCAGCUCACAUCAAAUCAUUUUAUAUGUCGUUGUGCCCAGAAGACAACAGACUGACAGAGUCUGUUGAUAUUUUGCUGCCAGGUGUGGGUGAAGUCAUUGGCGGAUCCAUGCGUAUUUGGCAGUUGGAACCUCUUCUGCAGGGUUAUGCCCGUGAAGGAAUUGACCCUACACCAUACUAUUGGUAUACUGAUCAACGACAGUAUGGCAGCUGCCCACAUGGUGGUUAUGGGUUAGGUCUUGAACGGUUCCUGUGCUGGUUACUUGCAAGACAACAUAUUCGUGAAGUUUGCCUUUAUCCAAGAUUUCUUGAGCGCUGUAAGCCAUAAACUAUUUCUAAUUUAUAUGGGCCUUUCACAGUUGGUCAUUCCACACAUUGUUAACUGUUCAUAGUUACUUGGAUUAUAGUUACAUUGUGUUAUAAAAAGAAAGCAAUAGGAGUUUCAAGGGCUAAGAACUUUUGUGGCUGUAAUUAAACACAUGAUUGCUCUGAACUGGCCUUGAAAGUGAAGUUCUUUGGCAUCAGAAGAAAUAAUUGACAGUGAACAGUAAAGCUAUUACAGAAUUCUUAUAGCAUACAGUUAGUUCAUGCCUCAUUCCUACUUACUUUCCUUGCAAGCUCUUGAUGUUCUUCAGGGCAAUUAUUUCUCGUCUUGGUGUGUUGUUAAAUCUAUGCAAGGUUUCAUCCAUAAAAUGUACUUUUUUUCUGGCAAAGUGUACUGCAAUUGAAAAACCAGCUUGUGAUAAUGGGCUUUGCAGUUUCACUGUUGCAUGUAACAUAGGCAGUUUUGUGCAUUGAGGCAGUUCAGGGUCACAGGAGUGUGAAUCUGUUUUUUAAAGUGGUCUGACAUAGCAUUUGUAAGUGAAAAAGUUCAAUACAAAACAGAAUGUCUGAAAUUUUAAUGAGCACAAGGAGUGAAUGCUGGAAAAAAGUGGUUAUAAUUUCUGGCUGAAUUCUGUAAUUAUUGUUACAAUGGCUGUUACUGUUUACAUCUGUUGCAGUUCUGCAGUAGUGCUUUUAACUGUACUGUGUUUUGUGUAGAAGGAACAUCAGAUCUUAUCAACAACUUAUACAGAAACUAUAACAUUGGUGAAAAUAAUUUUCCGUGAUUAAAGUGUUUUAUUCAGGUACAACCAUACCAAGAUGAAAAUAAAAGCUCUCUUAGGGUGAUGUGAUUAAGUAACAUUUGUAACAGAGCUGACAAAUGUGGGAUGUUAUUAAGGGAGGUGUAAAACUGAAAGGAUUGUGAAGGCUUGUUGACAGCAGCUUCAAUGCAAAUUGCACCAAAAUCAAAAAAUGUGCUUUAUGGCAAUAAUAAAAAUGUUUAUUAAAUGAC